UCUCUUUUUCUUACAAUACUAUUUUUAGCUAACAUAUUCUAAGCUCAUGUGUUAGUUUUGAUUUAUUUCGGAUAAAUGCAUUUAUUAUAAUUAGAAAUCCAAUUCUCAAUCCGAUGUGUUUGUUAUCCCACUUUAUCCAUACAGCUUCCACAAUCUUUGGCAUUUCCAUCUCAUCAUAUAUCCAUUACUUUCCCAUAAAAUUGCACUUCUUCUGCACAUUUCCGGUAAUAUUCCCAGUAUUCAAUCAAGACCAAAUAUGGCCGGCGGAGGCUUUGUAGAUGCUCAAGGCGGAGCUAGGGCGGAGUACUACGAGUAUAACAUCACUUGGUAUUUCAUUUUUGCUACCGUUGUUGCGGCUCUCGGUGGUUCCCUUUUCGGCUAUGAUCUCGGUGUUUCCGGUGGAGUGACAUCUAUGGAUCAUUUCUUGAAGGAAUUCUUUCAUGAAGUUUACAAAAGAAAACAAGAACAUCUCAAAGAAACCGACUACUGCAAAUAUGACAACCAACUCCUCACACUUUUCACGUCAUCUCUAUAUUUUGCAGCCCUGCUUUCUACAUUUGUAGCAUCCCAUGUAACCAGAAACAAAGGUAGAAGAGCCAGUAUUCUUGUUGGUGCAGUCAGCUUUUUUCUUGGUGCAAUUCUAAAUGCUUUUGCACAAAACCUCGCCAUGCUCAUUAUAGGCCGAUGCUUACUCGGCGUCGGCAUCGGAUUUGGAAACCAAACAGUUCCACUAUAUCUCUCAGAAAUGGCGCCUGCAAAGGUGAGAGGUGCGGUAAACCAGCUGUUCCAGCUAACAACUACUUUGGGAAUAUUCAUAGCCAACUUUGUAAACAACGCAACUGAAAAACAUCCAAAAGGAUGGAGAUUAUCACUUGGUUUAGCAACGAUUCCAGCUUUGCUAAUGUUUGUUGGUGGAUUAUUCUUACCGGAAACACCAAACAGUUUAGUGGAACAAGGGAGACUAGAAGAAGGAAGAAAAGUGCUGGAACGAGUUAGAGGUACAACAAAAGUCGAAGCAGAAUUUCAAGAUCUUAUUGAAGCAAGUGAAGCUGCUAAAGCUAUAAAACAUCCUUUUAGAAACUUGCUCAAGAGGAAGAAUCGUCCGCAGCUGGUUAUAGGAGCGUUAGGUAUACCUGCGUUUCAACAACUCACUGGGAUGAACUCUGUGUUGUUCUAUGCACCUGUGAUCUUUCAAAGCUUGGGGUUUGGUUCAGCUGCAGCUCUCUGGUCUUCUACAAUCACAACGGGUUCUCUUGUUCUCGGUGCGUUAAUAUCAAUGGCUCUUGUUGAUAAGUUAGGUAGAAGAGCUUUCUUCUUGGAAGCUGGUUUUGAAAUGAUUUGCUGCAUGGUAGCUGUGGCUGUAACUCUAGCGUUGAAUUUCGGACAAGGUGUUGCACUAUCAAAAGGAAUAGGCAUCUUCCUUGUAGUUAUAAUAAGUCUUUUUGUCUUAGCUUUUGGGAGGUCAUGGGGCCCACUAGGAUGGUUAGUUCCAUCCGAGAUCUUCCCAUUGGAAACGAGGUCUGCGGGUCAAAGUAUGGUUGUUUGUGUUAACAUGUUGUUUACAGCUCUGAUUGCACAAUGUUUCUUAGUUUCACUCUGCCAUCUAAGAUAUGGCAUAUUCUUGGUGUUUGGUGGCUUCAUUCUUAUAAUGACUCUUUUUAUCUAUUUCCUCUUGCCUGAAACUAAGCAGGUUCCAAUUGAAGAGAUACAUUUACUAUGGCAAAAUCAUUGGUUUUGGAAAAGGUAUUGUGACCACGACGAUCAACUGCAACAAGUAGAAAGAAAGUUAGAACAAGUGUAACUAGCAUUUAAAUAAUAGGAUUUUUGUUUUUAUUGUUUCAUAGGUGUUUUUUUGUGAUUUUGGCAAGUUCUUAAUGAAUAACAAGUGAAAAUAC